GUGUGCAGAUGAUGGGGACGCCUCUCGGCAGGUGAGCGUCGCCCGCAGGCUGAUUGAUUUGUGGAUGAUAGAUAUGCACUUAUGGACGAUUCUGCGAUUCCACAGAGUGGGCCACCUGAGCGACCCUUUUCGGUGCCCGCACUGUCAGCUGCCGAUCAAUGACGACAGACUAGCGGAGUAUGUCAGGAGGAAAGAAGGUCAGCGAGCAAUGUCUGUGUCUCACCGUAGUAGCUACGGAGAGAUCUUAGUUAUUCGCGUGUUUCUUCCAGGAUUUCUCCACCGGACGGAGGAGGAGACGACUCUGCGACCCACCGCUCUGCCGCUGUACAGCCCGACGUUCUACCAAGGAAUGUUCAAGACGGGUCGCACUUACGGCCCCGUGCCGCCAUCCUUCUUCCGCUCGCCAUACGACACGCACACGUGGGCGGUGCCCAAGACAUAGAUAGAAGACAGAACAUAAGUAUGUUGGGUUCGUGGCAUUCAUUGUGACGUGGAAGGGCAUUCAUUGUGACGUGGGAGCUUGAAAGAGUGUACGACCUAAAGAUUGAGAGGGAGACUGACCGAAUAGUGGAUUGGUCCGUGUGCGUGUAUGGGACUUCCUC